UCGGCAACCCGCUCUAGCCUCGACUAUCUCGUCGUCGACGUUCGAGAGACCGAUUAUUAUGCCAAAGGACACAUCCCUGGGGCCAUCAACCUGCCAUCGUCGCAAAUCCUGCCCCUCGAGGACUCUCAGCUUGAGCAUCUUCCCCGGCAUUUGAUCUUCCACUGCCAGCUCUCGCUGAUUCGCGGCCCGUCCAUGACCACAAAGUUCCUGAGAGCAUUCCAAAGCCUCUAUCCGGAGCGUGAGGGACCGCCCGAACUUGAGCUGCUCGAUCCUGACUCGGAUGAGUACCAGCAGGCCUUCGAUGGCAUCCAUUCGGCCGAGGAGGACGAAAGCUUUGUGAGCCUCUACAUCCUCAAGGGAGGAUACAAAGAAUGGUCCAAGUUCUACAAGGUGGAGAAGAAACCCUGA